AAGGCGCUUACUAUAGUACUCCAUAUUGACUACGCCUCCAAUAUAUUUUUCCUGUGAUUAGGCCUGGUACCUUACUGAAGUACAGUACCACCUCAACAUGGACAACCAGUCUCUGCUGCAGUAUCUUUCCAUUGCUCUUCCGACAAUUCCUCUUCGGCGUGUUGCCCCAUCGACAAACACAACAAACCCCUACUAUGAUGCGGCAGACAUUUCUCAGGUCAUCGACUGGCCAGAUUUCAAUUAUGCAACAAUCAUCCAACGAUAUGGCGGCAUUUUGAACGCGAAGCAGAUCGCCGCCGAUCCUUUCAGCUCCCCUCCCGCCGCCAUCUGGGAUCAACCUCACUUUCGCUCUCGAUUUGCAGAGCUGCUUCUACCUCGUGUUAGACGCGCCCUUCGAGCCGGGUUUGAGGAGCUCGCGCCCCAGCUUGAGCAACUAGGCCCUGUGCCAGUCACUUUUGACGGCGGAAGUUCGGCAGCGUACGUCGAUCAGUUUCCACCUGACACUGCCUUCGUCGCUCUUGGGGGCAUCUACGCCGAGAGCGCGAACCGAGCCCCGGGCGACUUGGAGGUCUCAGGGAAUUGGCGUUCCGACUACCGGUUUUCACCAGACCCCUCAGACCAGCGACAAUACAAGCAGGUCCUGUCGCAGGUGAAUUAUCAUAUGGAUCAACACAACGCGCGACAUGGCUUUGUGCUUACCAACGCCGAGUUGGUUGCCGUCAAGCGUCUCGACACCAACGGCCGUCUAGCCGUGUCUGUGUCAAUUGCCUGGACAGCGGGGGGCCAUGGUCAGCUCACGGUGCUGAUGGGCAUGUGGUAUCUGGGGAUGCUUGCAGCUGAGGAGCUCAACUGGUCUCUUUAAUUCGGCUGCCUGUUUCUCAUUGGUUGGGCAAUGAUCGUUCCCAAGUCGGGAGUUUGAUCUAGAUUUUAGCUUCAAGGACUUGCAUUCACGGAGCUUUGCAUUGAUUCAGCAUGCGAAUAGGUCACUUGUUAUGAUUGAGAACAAAUACGCUGGUAUGGGAUUGCUUUGAUCGACAGUCAGGAAUUGCAUUGAGUUGGAAUGUGUCAACUAAAAAGAGACGGAAUUCAUUACAGAUCGACAUAGUCAUUAGCAGAGAAGGAUAGGGAGAACAGUCAUUAAAUCAUGCGUCAACUUCGCCCGGAAUCACCAUUCCAGCCCACUCCUCCAUCGUAGUUCGUAGUUUGUA